GAGUUCAGAAAGACACUUCCGACAAAAACAGGGAUGACCUCUCUAGUUGCAGAGGCUGUACAAGCAGAACUUGGGGCAAGAGAAAGAUGGCCUAACAAUGUCAAACUAUAUGAACCAUACCAAGCUGAGCAAAUUAUCUUACCAGACUAUGCCAACUGCCUCAGUGUUAGAACUUUUCUUAAAAUGUGCAAUGCACCAUUUACACGAGAAUUACGUACAAAUGCAGAGGAAAUGUCACCAUCAGGCUCUGUUCCAUUUCUUCAAGUUGGGGCAUUUAUUGUGGCUGAGUUUGAUCCUAUAGUAGCAUUUGCUGGUUUAAGGGGAUUCAGUUUAAACACAGACUUGUCUGAAACAGAGAGAUCAGAAUUGAGAGCUUAUUGUGCCAUGGUGUCUAGUAUUCUAGGAAGAGCUGAGAAAUAUCUUGCAUGGCUUACAGAUUCUGUAGCUUUAGAGGUGACUCAGACUCGAGUUGGAUCUGUCCAUCCCUGGCCUCUUAAUUGGAUGAUUCCGAUGUUGAAAAAAAGUGAGGUGAAAUCGCAUCUAAAGAGCGUGGGGUGGGCAGACAAAUCUUUGGAAGAUGUUCUGGAUGAAAUCAAGUCCUGUUGCCAAGCAUUGUCAGAGAGAUUAGAACAACAGAAAUAUUUCUUUGGAGACAGUCCAACAGAACUAGAUGCCCUGGUGUUUGGACAUCUUUUUUCUCUAUUGACCAUAGAGCUCCCCCUAGUGAAUAUAGCAGGAAACAUUCGGGAGUUUGUGAAUCUCACAAAUUUUUGUCAGAGAAUAGAAGACAAGUACUUUAAAGAAAAAGAAGAUGAUUAAUUCUCAGUAUAUGAAUAUUUUAUUUGAGAUGAAAGAAAAUUGUAUUUGGUGGUGUUAUAAUAAAUGUUAUGUAUACUAAAAGAUAAAAAUGAAGUCAGCUUUUAUCUUUGAACAUUUAAUAUUGUGUGUGACUGUGCAUAGAGAAUGGUGAAAUAAAGUAAUUUUAGUAAACAAUAUAUUGCAUUAACAAUUGUUUCAGUAAAUUUCAGUAAAUUAUUUUUUGGCAAAAUAAUGAUAAUUGUGGGCUUCAAGACUAUACUCUGAUUGUAUGAUAAAUGCUCACAAAUACGUGUAGAAGUAGAUAUAGUUACACAUACAAAAGUCAAUCAAAUAAACAAUAAAUGGAAA